AUGUAUCCGUAUGCAGAGUUACAAACUGAGCAGUUGAAUAUAGACUUCGAGGAAAGCCUGAAUCCAGACUUUGAAAAAACCACUUACUCAGAAUCAGAAGUCAAUAACACGAGGAAUUUAGCGGAAGAGAAUAAUGAACAUAGCAAUGAAGAGGAGGAGGUAGGAAAUAUUGGAGAAACGGAGAAUUAUAAUAUCGAAGAAAAAGUGGUGGGAAAAAAAGGAAGAAUUAUGACAGAAGAAGAUUAUUAUAAGUUGAAGAACGUAGAACCAACGGAAGAACAAUGGGAAGAAAUGAAGCAAGCAAUGGAAUUAUUGGCUUCUGAUUGGGCAUUUAUCACCAGUGAAGGCCGACCAGAUAAACUCCUGAAACAGAUGCAGAGAAAUGAGCGGGAGUUGCUUCGGUUUAAGGAAAGCAAACAGGUUCCUACUGAAGAAGUAAACGGGUGGAUCCAAACUGUUCAGAACUGGAUGACAAAAGUGUCUGGAGGAAACGGUCCUCCUUCAGGGGAUUUAACAACGCCCGUAAACAGGAAACGAAAAGUUGAGAAAAAUGUACAGUCUUCCCCCAAGACGAAAAAAUUACAAUCACGAACAAUCGUAAUAGAUGCUCCAGUAAAUUAA